GACGGUGAAGAACGGAUGGAUAUGGCCAAGGACUCUGCAGGAGAUGAUAGCGACAACGAGACUGUCACCGACGGUGUUGUUUCCCCUGUGGAUUCUGCGAUUCUUGAGGGCGCUCAAUCGCUGCCCCGCGAGUUCAAUGAGGGCUGCCGGAUCGACGAAUCUUUCGCAUGAGGCAGGAAAACUUGCCACGAUGCAUCGUGUCCGCUUAGUAGUCCUUACCCUGUCGCGCUGUCCAAGUUCUCUAGCACGUCACUAGCAUCUCGUUCCCAUUGUAUCACCAUAUUCCCGUCUAUGCCGACAUUGUAUUAUACGUCACUGCGCAUGUAUGUAUAAUGCUUCUGAAACAAUCAUUCCCUGACAUC